UCAUCUUCAAGAUCAAUAAUGCCCGUCGAUUUUUCCAAUAAUUUUUUUUUCACCAAAAAUAUAAUAUCCGUCGUUUGAGGCUGAGUCGGUGUCGUUCACAUUUUCAAAGUCGUCAUUUUUGGGUGUGCUGAUUGCUUCUGGUGCGAGUGUGAGGGAAGGAAAGGUAUUUGAAAUGGAAGAGGACCGCAAGGAAUCCUCGAAGAAACAAUCAUGCUAUCCUGGCGAUAUUGCAGAGUUGGAGGAAGCUGUGAAAGUGUUAGAUUCAUCUUUAACUCAGAUCAAAUGGCGCCUCAAGCCUUCUACCAGGCGCCGAUUAGAAUUAGAUAUUCUGGCCCUAUCCACAGGAAUGAGACCUGUUGUCAUGGUAGACUAUGGUGGAAAGAUGCCUGAGCUACAACAUCACCUUUGCUCACUCCUCAAACUUUGUCAAAAGCUGUCUCCCAUUUUUGAGUAUCUAAAGGCGAUGGUUAUACAAGAUAUGAUUUACUUGAUCCAUGUAAGAGGGUUAGCUGAGCAUGUUAGAUCAACUUUGAACUCGGAAGUAAAGUUGCUCUUUGUAGACCUUGAACAGGAACCUCCACAGAUGAUAAGAGAGGUAGAGCAAAGCCCAUUAGCAUUGCAACUCAUAUCAAUUCAGAAGUUGUUCUCAUCAAUAUUUACUCAUGAGGGAACAUGCAAUCUAUCAUCAUCUCAAGGCACAGAGCUUAUGGAUAAUUCCCCAUCCACUAGCAGUCAGAUUUUUUACUCUCAGUCUACUGAGUGCAUUGAUCUCAGUAAUUGCAUGGAGGACUCUAAAGUGACAAUACCAACCUUGAAUGGAUGGCUUCUAGGCUAUCCAGUGGUGUAUUUGUUCAGCAAGGAGCAUAUUGCUGAUGCUAUUUAUAAUCUUUCCACCAAAUAUCUCCACAUUUUCCAAGUAUCUAUCUGCAGGAAUAAUACUCUCAAGAAAGGAUCUCAAGCAGAAGAACUGUUAAGGUUUAGGAUUAUAAAGUAGUGCAUGCCUGGAACUGGGGGAGACUGAUGAUACCUAGGAGUGUUGAGCUACUCAUGAUUCAUGCAAUCAAGUUAUAUAUUUCUCCGUGCAGCAGAGAGUUGAAAUAAUUUUACCACCCAUUGAUCGUAUUAAAGAAAAAGAGGGAGGGCAUGAAGCCAGUCACGCCAUGGCUUUACUGUUGACUUAUAACUAUAACAUUUAGGGACUAGUUUAAAGAAUUAGGUUUAUACAUCACUGAUUACUUUUGUAUGGAUGGCGCAAUUCUGAGAGAAGAGCUUGCCGAGUAAAUUUCAUACAAAGCAAUAUUAUCAGAAAGCAUAUCUUUUGGUGUGCUUCUGACUUUGCUUGAGAAGGUGAUGUUAAAGCUCCACUCUGCGGCACAUAGACAAUGUAGAGUGGCUCUUACCUAGGGCUUUUAGAUCUGAAGUGUCAAGUUUUUAACAUCGAGAGCUUAUUUCAGGAAGUUCAUUCAUCAGUUGUUGGGACAUAGUCUUGUUGAAAUUGCAUGUUCAAUUUUUCUUCUUAAUUUUGACUGAGACACGAAAAUGAAGAGACUGCUUCCUGCAGGAAGAGGUUUGAAAUUCUGAUAUUAUUAUUUCAAUAAUCAAGUAUUGACAUUCUCAAUUUGUCUGAAUAGUUUUACGGUGCCUUAUGAUCUAAGCACAAGAGGGAGCAGUGAACAAUGGGUAGAGUGUUUUAUGGCUCACAUGCGAGCAAAGUGGGGCAGAUGUGCAUAUGCUUGGAAGUUCUUGAAGAUGGAGGUUGAUGAAUGCCAUCCUCAGGCUAUUGUGCUUUAGUUACGUUGUUGAUC